UGGCGCCUGCGGGUGCCUGUCAGCGUGCUCGGGCCUGGUGCGGCCUGUGAGGGACUGAGGGAGGCCAUUGCGGCUGAAGCGUCUCUGAGAGCUCGAUAAGGAAUCGAAGCAGCAGAGUGGCUCUCCCGAGGGCUUCAGGAUGAUGCCGGCUAUCAUAUAAAAACAAAAAGUACAGUACGCCUCUGCCUUCAGAAACACUUGUUUCUAUCCAUAUGCAAAUAUAUUGAAAACUGCCAGAUCCUGGAAGGAAAACUACAUGACACUACAUCAUGAGUGAGAGUAAAUGUGAUAGUCAGUUUUACAGUGUUCAAGUCGCAGACUCAACAUUCACUGUACUAAAACGCUACCAACAAUUGAAACCUAUUGGCUCUGGGGCUCAAGGCAUUGUUUGUGCUGCAUUUGAUACUGUUCUUGGAAUCAAUGUUGCUGUAAAGAAGUUGAGUCGCCCUUUUCAGAACCAAACACAUGCAAAACGAGCAUACAGGGAACUUGUGCUCCUAAAAUGUGUCAAUCACAAAAAUAUAAUUAGUCUACUAAAUGUAUUUACACCACAGAAGUCACUAGAAGAAUUUCAAGAUGUGUAUUUAGUUAUGGAACUGAUGGAUGCUAACUUGUGCCAAGUUAUUCAUAUGGAAUUGGAUCAUGAAAGAAUGUCCUACCUUUUGUACCAGAUGUUGUGUGGUAUCAAACAUCUCCAUUCAGCUGGUAUCAUCCAUAGAGAUUUAAAACCCAGCAAUAUAGUAGUAAAAUCAGAUUGUACACUCAAAAUCCUUGACUUUGGACUUGCAAGGACAGCAUGUACUAAUUUCAUGAUGACCCCAUAUGUAGUAACACGAUAUUACAGAGCACCAGAGGUUAUUCUUGGCAUGGGAUACAAAGAGAAUGUUGAUAUCUGGUCAGUUGGUUGCAUUAUGGGAGAAUUGGUGAAAGGUUGUGUGAUAUUCCAAGGCACUGAUCAUAUUGACCAGUGGAAUAAAGUUAUUGAACAACUAGGUACACCAUCAGCAGAUUUUAUGAAAAAAUUGCAGCCUACUGUGCGGAACUAUGUAGAAAACAGGCCAAAAUAUCCAGGUAUCAAAUUUGAAGAGCUCUUCCCAGACUGGAUAUUUCCAUCAGAAUCUGAUCGUGACAAAAUAAAAACCAGCCAAGCUAGAGAUUUACUAUCAAAAAUGCUAGUAGUAGAUCCAGACAAACGAAUUUCUGUAGAUGAAGCUUUGCGUCAUCCAUAUAUCACUGUUUGGUAUGACCCAGCUGAAGCUGAAGCGCCACCGCCUCAGAUUUAUGACACACAGUUGGAAGAAAGAGAACAUGCCAUUGAAGAAUGGAAAGAACUAAUAUAUAAGGAAGUAAUGGAUUGGGAAGAAAGAAAUAAGAAUGGUUUGGUAAAAGAACAACCUUCAGAUGCAGCAGUGAAUAGCAACACCAGCCCUUCUCAGUCAUCAUCGAUCAAUGACAUUUCAUCCAUGUCAACAGAACAAACAUUGGCUUCAGACACAGACAGCAGCCUUGAUGCUUUGACAGGAACACUUGAAGGAUGCCGGUGAUCAGCUUUGCAGAUUUAACAUUGGCAAAGAACUUUUGCUUCUGUUGGGCCUGAAAUGCUUGUAAGUUUAUGGAACCAAGUAGAGAAACUCCAUGUUCUGCAUGUUUUUCUAAAUUAAUGCCUGUAAUUUUACUUAGUUGCAAUUAGACUGUCUGCUUAAUAUUGUAGAACAAAAGCAACUUUGUAUCUCAAGGCAAAACAAAUAUUACUAUAACCUAUUCUGUUUCGACCUAUAUCAGGUGAGCAGUUAAAGUAACUCUUUAGCUCAAAUGAGUUCAUGGGCAUUCUGUUAGACGUCUGAAAUGUAUACAUAAUCAGUAUAAUUUUUUUUAAAAAAAACACUAUCGUUAAGUGGCAUUGAAUGUAUAUCUUAUCUGUACGAUUACAGACAUUUGCCAUAUUAGUGUAUCUUGCUGGUAUUUUCAGUACUGUAAAAUAUAGAGGCAAUUGUUUACCUGCAUAGCAUUAUUUUCUUGGGGCCUUUUCCUCUCCACCUCCAAAUAAUUUUGUGUACUUUUUUUAUAGAAAAAGCAAACUUGUGAAUUCUUGCUUCAUCUUUACAUCUGAAUGUAACUGCUUCUCUAAAUGUUCUCUCUCAGUGCUUUUAUUUCAAGGGUAGGUGGAAUUAGUAAAAUAUGUCAUGUAGGAAUUUUUAUUAACUCUUGCAUGCAUUAAUGAAUUAGUAUAUCUUUUAAAAAUAAGAUUUUUUGGGUCUUUUAAAAGUAGUUCAUUCAUAAAUACUUGUAGAAAUCCUUGCCCCCUGUUUCAUAUUCUGGCAUUGCCAUGGAAAAUCUGAUUAAAACAUGGAGGUAGUAGAGAGGUUGGGGGCUUAGUUUGACACCUCAAAUAGCUAUAGAUGCAUAUUAUGCAAGAAUGCCUCCUUUAACUCUCUGUGUGUGUCUGUGUGUGAGAGAGUCAGUGAGUGUGUGUGUGUGUGUGUGAGAGAAAGAGAGAGAGAGUGAGGGGGAC